AUGGUUAAAAUUCUACUUGACCUCUCAUGUCAACGAACACCUUUGUUAAUUCGGAAGAAGCGUAACUUUCAAGAUCCCAAAAAUAAGAAAGAAGUGCUGGCCAUUAGCAAAGAAUGUGUAUCUCAAGUUAAGAAUUUAGAAUCUGAUAACGACAAAUGGCUUUUCAUUUGUGAUAAACUAGGCGACAAAUUUGUGGAGGUCAAUCCACCUAAACUUGAUCCUAAAAUCUACAAAUAUAAUAAGCAAUAUAAGAAGCUCAUGUUAAUACUUGAUAGAAAUGAGCACGGAUAUCCUUGUGACAAACUUUUGACCACUAUUGGUAAAACUUUAGAACAGGUUCCAAAAUGUCUUGCAAGUGUCAAAGAGAAAAUCAAGAACCAUAUCAAAUGGAGCCAUGAUAAGGCUUUGAACAGAAAGAUGAAAUGGUGGGAACAAAACUAUGCAACCAACUCUAAACAUCUGAGAAAGAAAAUUUACAAAACGUCAUCACCACCAUACAAAUUAUCUAUCGAAGGAACUGAAAUUAGUGACCCCAAUGAAGUUGCCAAUGUGAUCAAGGACAAAUAUCAACAAAACCUCAACUUUAGAGGAAGAAAUCAUCAAAUUGACAUUACCAAGUUUUUCAAGUACAAACAUCCAUUAAUUGAUAAUUGCAAUGACAAAAUACUCGGUAGAAUUACCACGGAAGAGAAAGAAUGGAUAAUUCAGAAUUUGAAAUCCACAGCACCCAAUGAACUAGGUUUAAGACAAAAAACUAUCAAAUACAUGUGUAAGGAAUUACAGGAGGAAAUUUUUCAAAUUAUUGAAAAUAUCAUCACAACUGGAUUUACUCCUGAAUCUAUGCAAAGUGUCAGCAUUCUCCCAAUUCACAAAAAGAAUAAGGACCACUCAAACCCUGCUAACUAUAGACCUAUUGCCCUUAUGGACUCAGGACUUAAAAUAGCUACUAAAUUAAUCACCAAAAGAUUGAAGGAAGUGUUAAAGGGAAGAUUAUCAUUAGCUCAAUUUGGUGGUGAAGACGGCAGAGAAACUAUUCACAGAGUCCUUUCAAUUUACAAUAUGAUUGCUUGGGCAAAAAGGACAAGAAACCUUUUUAUGGUUUGGCUGUUGACAUCAAAAAGCUUAUGA